AGCCACUAUUUUGCAUACUUUUUUAUUCUUGUUUCUGUGAAAGAAGUUGAAAGAAAGCACAGAACACCAUGGUUGGAUCACCAAGAUCAUCAAAACCUCGAGGAUUGAAGGCGAUCGACGUUCUUCAACCGGGCAUUCGAAACAUCCAACUGGACUCAAUUGGCCAUCAUCCACCAUCGGAUUCUCCAUUACGAAAUCGAGUUCCUCAACCACCUCCACCUUUUCUCUCAUCAGGUUACACCUCUCCUGAACCAUCACCAACAAACUCUACUGAACCAUCACCUACAAGCUCUGCAGAACCCUCACCACCUGACUCUCCUCAAUAUCCACACUACUAUCUCCGAGAGGUGCCGCCCUACUUUCUUCGAUUGCCGCCUCGUAUUUCGCAACCAUCCACUCCUCACGUACCACUGUACCCUUGGGUUCAAGCUAUGUAUCAACCACCAGCUCCUCAGGGUCAGCCACAACCAUUAUUCCCUUGGGCUAGGGCUCAGACUGGGAGUUUGUACCAAUCACCACCCACUCCGCCGCCGCAACUACCACGACCGCCCUCUCCUCCGCAGCAAACUGAUCAUGAACGUUACCUCAGAAAUGUCAUAAUCAGCUUCGUCAUUGUCGACAUCUUUGCUAUAGGUUUUGCGGUGGGGUGUUAUUUUAUUCGAAGGACGUGAUCACUGAGGAUUGGUUUAGCAGUUUCAAGCACAUGUCACAUAUGAGAAGCUGAACCAAAUUGAUAACU